CCAUAAAUUAUGACGUGCAAGAGAUACACGAAGUAAGAUUCAUCAAGUGCAACCUGAUUAAAGAAACAAAAUGCAAGUGCAACCUUCGAAGGCAUGUAGUGUCACCUUAAAACUACAAACAAAACAAAAGUUUUCCCGAAGAGUCCAGUUUUUAUAUAUUGCGUCUUACCGAAACAAAUGACAUGACACAAGCAACAAAACCCCCAUGGUGCCUAAUUUACUCCUUACAGUUACUGUUGGAAACACCACAAAAUCUCUCUUUCCCUUUCUCCCACUCAGGGCCACAACUUUCAGAAUGCUUAAACAAGUUUCAUAACGGCCAUGAAUGCUUUUGUAGACAAACUCCCCUUCCUGAAAUCUGGAGCUCUUUCUUGCAAGGCAUGCCUAGCCACCUUGCGCACCCUUUACCUCUACUCAGUUUCCCACUACUUAUAAAACACUGCCUUGCAAGAAACCUGUGGAUACAAAUUGAAAGGAGAUCAAAACAAAGGGGAAAGAGAAGUGAAAGGUUCUGUGCCAUGGAGAUUAAGGUAGAAUCUAAUUCCGAGCAUCACGAUGAAUUGAAAGAUCCCCUCUUGCGAGAUACAACCGAAACAGAAGAGAAAACAUUGAUACAGAAAGCCAUUAGCCAGACAUUUCAGAGCACGGCUCAUUUGGCCAAUCUUUUACCUACUGGAUCACUCCUUGCUUUCCAACUUCUAUCACCCAUUUUCACAAAUCAAGGUGACUGUGACUCGGUCAGCUGGUUCAUGACUGCUGCACUUGUGACCCUCUGUGGGGUGUCAUGUUUCCUUCUAAGCUUCAGUGACAGCUUCAAGGACAAGAAGGGAAAUAUUUGUUACGGGUUUGCCACAUUCCGGGGGCUGUGGGUCAUUGAUGGGUCAGUCAACCUCCCACCUGAUCUUGCUGCAAAAUACCGGUUGCAAUUCAUAGAUUUCAUGCAUGCCUUCAUGUCAAUACUGGUAUUUGUAGCUGUUGCACUCUUUGAUAACAGCGUGGUAAGUUGCUUGUUCCCAACGCCAUCAGAUGAGACUCAGGAGAUCCUCACAAAAUUGCCAGUCGGAAUUGGUGUAAUUUGCAGUAUGUUGUUUGUUGUGUUUCCUACCCAGCGCCAUGGAAUUGGAUUCCCCCUCUCUGCAAAUUAAGAAGAAACCUCUUUUGUUUGGUUUCUACAGAUCUACCUCCAUGCUGUUCAAAACUCAUAAAACUCUGGAUUUAUGUGAAUUCUGCAACAUUAUUCUUUUAUGUUCUCUUUGAAGUGCAUUCAUAAGAUGAUUCUCUGCAACUUAACCAUUAUGUUAAUUGGAAAUAGCCUGUUCAUACA